AUGACAUUACACAACAGGUAUUACAUAAAUUAUAUUGCAGAAGGUAUUAAUAUCCUCUCGUUCCUGGUCCCUCAUGGUCAAUUUUAAAAUUGCUUUCCUCGUACUAGGGGAUAAUUCAAUUAAUUCGAACCUGAUAAUUAAUUGAUAUAAUUCAUAAACGCAUUACAGUGCCAAGAGAUACAAGAAGCAGCGUAAUUCUAAUCUAGGCGUGGUCUAAAAAUAUCUUGUUGUAGUUUAUUGUUUUCGCACAUGGUUAUAAUGGUUCUCGAUAUUCAAACUGUAAGUGCUGUGAACAAUGAAAAAGUACCCAAAAAGAAAAAAAAUUUCAAAAGAAUACAUCAGUACUUCAAGGAAUACUGUGACAAUACAAGUAUUCAUGGAUUCCAUUAUUUAGCUGAGAAAAGAACUGUUUGUGAAAAGAUUUUAUGGUUGGUACUAAUAACAACGGCCCUUGCAUCUUGUGGCUACCUCAUCAGUCAAAUUUACAGCAAAUUCAACCAGAGCCCUGUGAUAGUUAGUUUCGCUACUAAAGAAUCUCCAAUAUACAGUAUACCUUUCCCUGCUGUCACCUUCUGUCCAAUGUCAAAAGCGAGAAAGCAACUAUUUAACUUCACUGAUGUUAUUUACAAAAUGCGAGAUAAGAAAAAUCUGACUUUCGAAGAUAAACUUAAUGGGCAGUAUAUGUCGGUGGUCUGCGAGUUUGGCACAGAGCUAUUUCCACAGAACGAAACCUUUACAGAUGACUUUUUUCAAAAACUGGAUGAGAUAAGAAUACCGCUGAAAUAUCUACUUUACGAAUGUAAACUAAUGAAUGUUGAAGUCGACUGUUUCAACAUAUUCACGCCUAUAAUCCUCGAUGAGAGUGUUUGCUAUACUUACAAUAUGUUGGACAGAAGUGAGAUUUUCAAUCCAAAUGUAUUCCAAUUUUCCGAUUAUCACGAAAAUUUUCAAAAAUCGAAUUGGUCUAUAGAUGAAGGCUACGCAAAAAACAGUGGAAUGGAAAGCUAUCCGACCAGGGCAUUUCUCGCUGGGGCUGACAAUUCCCUUCAAAUAACUUUCAUACAGAAUACCACCGAUUUGGAUUAUUUGUGCUUGGACGAUAUUCAAGGGUUUAGUGUACUACUCCAUGCACCUUAUACCAUACCUCUGGUAAAGAAGCAAUAUUUUCAAGUCCCUUUCGAUAGAGCAGCCAUUGCGGUGGUCCAACCAAAACUGAUGACGACUUCAGAGGCUGUGAAAAAAUACAGUCCAGAAAAACGCGAAUGUUACUUCACUACAGAGAAAAAGCUCAAAUAUUUCAAGCAGUACUCUCCUACCAACUGCAAACUGGAAUGCCUCUCGAAUUAUACUGAACAGGAGUGUGGAUGCGUUAAUUUUUACAUGCCCAGAGAAAAGACUACUCCCAUCUGCGGAAAUGGUCGUUUGAGGUGUAUUCACGAUGCUGAGAUGGCUUUGAAGAUAAUCCAACUCGAAACCCAAAUUUCUUCAGACCGAGAGGACUUUUUCUGUGACUGUAAACCUCUGUGUACAGAACUGAGGUAUAACAUUGAAGAAUCCCAGUCAGAGUGGGACUACAAAGAACAAUAUCGAGCGCGAGGAAUUGGAGGAUUUGAUGAAAUGGGAAAGUCACAUCCAAUCAAAACAGGAAAAGGAAGAUCGUUCAUUACUGAAAGUUCAGUUCGUCUUGCCAAGUUAAGCGUUUUCUUCAAACAAGAAUCUUUCCUCACUUCCCAAAGGAAUGAAUUAUACGGACCCACCGAUUUCUUGGCGAACUUCGGGGGACUACUUGGGUUAUUCACAGGAUUUUCUCUGCUGUCUGCUGCGGAAAUCUUAUAUUUCCUCACUAUAAGGUUGUGCUGCAAUUUCAGAUUGUACCGUUCUUGGACAGGGGCAAACACUGAGAUAUGAAAAUUUUAAUUAUAGGAUGAUUUGAAAAAGUUAUCUACACUUAAAUUUUUGUAACUCCUAACUUGAUCUCGAAGGAAAGAUGUAUAAGUUCUAGUGGUUUUUGAAAGAAAACUGAAUUUCACAUUCAAUUUCUGUUUAACGGUAAAUUGAAAGACCAGUGAAUUGUCCUUCAGAAAAUCGAAUCUAAUUCUUUUUUUCCUGUUUGUCAAUUUCGUGAAAUAAGUGUGUUAGGAAUAGUCAGUAGAUCUGAAACUGAAUAUGACAAAAUGAAAAAUACGGACAGUCAUACAAGUACAAGUAUAUUAAAGCAAAUU